AUGCCUGCUUUGGUGGGCCCCUUCCACUUCACCGAUCGCUCCCUUUUCGAAACAUUUGAUGAAAAUAUUGAUCAGGUCAUUCUCUGUUUAAGGCAUUACGAACAAUUAAUUGAAGAAAGAGUCAAUUUGUGGCGAACUCUACCCGGAUACGACGAGUGGAUUGAGGGAGGAUUAGCUGGCCACCGCAAAUGGUUAGAGAACCUCGAAGGAUCUAAGCCGAAGGAAUGUUUACAUGACACAUGGGAACUUGAGACUGAGACAAACGACCCGAUUACCCAGGCAGGAGAUAUGACACUUUGGAAGGAUGAUGGAAACGGCCGUAAUGAAUGGGAAGGCGAGCCUUUCUUUGGACUGCAAGCAUGGGGUUCUGAUGAAAUUCUCGAACUAUUGAGGAAGCGGGUGAGAGGUUUAGAUGAGACUGUAGUCGAGAACAUCGAUUUUGACAGUGCAGAAAAAGGACAAUAA